AAAGAGAUUUUAGCGAAUAAGGUGUCGUAAUCCAGGCGGCAAACACUAGCAAAUGGAAAGAGCAACCAGGCUUUGAGAGUGGCAGGUGGGAGUGGUUGCCUCGCGCUAAGAUAGAAAAUUUCACGGCAUGUAAAAAAAAACUGCCCUUUCUCUUCCUUCUCUUUCUUUCUCCCCACGUUAUUCUCAACGAACACAUAACUGUCAAAUACAACACUCAAUUCCUAGGAUCUAAUAGCGCUCUCUUGUUCGAGAGCCUUGAUUCUAGUUUUUUUACAAAGUUCAUCACUCACUUUCAGUUAACCACUACAAUAUCCCCGCGGGAUUGUUUGUGGUUUUUUUUAACUCGACCUUGCCAACUCAACCCCACUGUCAAACCGAUCGCAGCGCCAGAGCCUGUGAUCACCCAUUUCAACUUUCGCAAUCAUGGCUUCUAAAGGUGGCUUGGAGGAGGUUCCUGAGGGACAGAUCGAGUCUAACUAUGACGAGGUCACCGACUCCUUCGAUGCCAUGAAUCUCAAGCCCGAGCUUCUUCGCGGUGUUUACGCUUAUGGUUUCGAGCGCCCUUCUGCUAUCCAGCAGCGCGCUAUUAUGCCGGUCAUCAAGGGCAACGAUGUCAUUGCUCAAGCCCAGUCCGGUACCGGUAAAACCGCUACCUUCUCCAUCUCCGCUCUCCAGAAGAUCGACAGCAGCCUCAAGGCUUGUCAGGCUCUUAUCUUGGCCCCUACUCGUGAAUUGGCCCAGCAAAUCCAGAAGGUCGUUGUUGCCAUUGGUGACUUCAUGAGCAUCGAGUGCCAUGCUUGCAUUGGUGGUACCAAUGUCCGUGAGGACAUGAAGGCCCUCCAGGAUGGUCCUCAGGUCGUUGUCGGAACCCCUGGUCGUGUCCAGGACAUGAUCCAGCGCCGUGUCCUCCGCACCGACAACAUCAAGAUGUUCGUCCUUGAUGAGGCUGAUGAGAUGCUUUCCCGUGGUUUCACCGAGCAAAUCUACGACAUCUUCCAGCUCCUUCCUCAGUCCACCCAGGUUGUCCUGCUUUCCGCUACCAUGCCCCAGGACGUUCUUGAGGUUACCACCAAGUUCAUGCGCGACCCCGUCCGUAUCCUUGUCAAGAAGGACGAGCUUACCCUUGAAGGUAUCAAGCAGUUCUACAUUGCCGUCGAGAAGGAAGAGUGGAAGCUCGAUACUCUCUCUGAUCUCUACGAGACCGUCACCAUCACCCAAGCCGUUAUCUUCUGCAACACUCGCCGCAAGGUUGACUGGCUCACCGACAAGCUCACUGCCCGUGACUUCACCGUUUCUGCCAUGCACGGUGACAUGGAGCAGUCCCAGCGUGACGUUAUCAUGAAGGAGUUCCGCUCCGGUUCUUCUCGUGUCUUGAUUGCCACCGACUUGUUGGCUCGUGGUAUCGAUGUCCAGCAAGUUUCCUUGGUCAUCAACUACGACUUGCCCGCCAACCGUGAGAACUACAUCCACCGUAUCGGUCGUGGAGGUCGUUUCGGUCGUAAGGGUGUUGCCAUCAACUUCGUCACCGCUGACGAUGUCCGUAUGAUGCGUGAAAUUGAACAAUUCUACAACACUCAGAUCGAGGAGAUGCCCAUGAACGUUGCUGACCUCAUCUAAAAUCCCUUCUGUCAUUCUUAUGUGUCCUGAUGACUAGAUCAGAUUAUGCAAAUGAUCAUUUGGGACAUCUAAUCAGUUCGGCUUGGAUCCAGCUGGUUUUGGAAAAUAAAUUUCAAAAGUGGCUUUUUCAUGCAAUGCUCCUGCAGAGGCCUUAUGCAAUAGGUGUUGGCAGGUUCCCGUAUUUCCUUUGUCAUCUUCCCCUUUUUCUUUUUUCUCUCUUGUUUCAAGUUUCAUACCGUUGAACAUUUAUGCUAUUCAUGCUUCGUGUUUGAGACAUUUACGGAUGCGUUUAGUCUUUUCUUCUUUUUUCUUUCCCGCUAUGUAUCCUGACGCUUUGCUCUUGCAUAAAGUAUGUGUAUUUUUGCAUACAUGACUGCGAGACGAAGUUAUGAACGAUGUUGCCUGGGCUCCUCGAGAUCUUUUUCUGUUUGUUCAGGUCAAAAAGAGCUAUAGACAGAGGAGUCAAACUAGGCGAAUGGACGAAUGACGAUAAUGACACGGGGUGGUAGUAUACCGGCUUGUUAGCAAGAGAUAGAGGUAAAUGCCAUUACUGUUCUUUU